AUGGAUUGCAAGAAGGCUUCCGGUCUCUCUAACACCGCAUUUCUACGGCAACCAGCCCGGGUCUUGAUUGUUGAGGCCGUGCCGCCACGGUGGUCCGACACCCGCGCGGUUCUCUGUGAUGCUCUUGAGAACUUCCUGACCAUGGUCUGUAGUCUGAAGGGCCCUUCUAGACUUCCUUUCCUCAGCGUGUUUGCCAUCGGCAGUCAGCAGCAAUGUCUGCUCCCUUUUGCGAAGGUUCGGGGUAACCUGCCCAUGUUGCUUUCCUGCGUGGCGGCCUUGCGGGCAAUCCCGGGCAAAGGCGUCAACACAGAACUGGCCAGUGUCGGCGAGCAUCUGCGAAGGACUGUGCUGGACAGCCACAGACAAUUUCACCAAUACAGGAAGUUCAGCGGAGUCCACGUCCAGGCCAACAUAUCUGUCGAGGUUACUGUGGUGACCAGCCGUCCAGGAAAAGGCGUGGUUAGUCUUUUGAAAAACGUGCUCAAGGACGAUGACCUGGAGCCAAUCAAUAGUUUCCUGGUGGUGCAGCUCGACAGUGAGGUGGAUUGGGCUCAAGAUGAAGUCCUGCCUCAGGACCCACAGAGUCUGGUGCUGGUAGACCUGCGACAGGUGGCCAACAGUGUGUUUGCUGUGGAGGGCGUGCUGAAGGAAUGGCUUCAAGAAUAUGGCGUGGACUUCGAACACCUCCACCUUGGCCUGCCGAGCCCGCGGGGGAGUCCCGCUGCAGUGCACAUCAAGUGCGACGUGCGGGAGAGCGUCAUCAGCCCCAGCCUUCUCCCGCUCAGCCCCGAGAAGCCCGAUAGCCUCGGAGACAUCGUACCUGCCUCUCCAGCACCACGGAGGAUGAGGGCAAUCAAGGCUCUGCGCUCAGGCGGCGUGUGUCAAAGCAUGUUGUACGGGCUGCCGCUCGUCGUCACCCCGACGACCUGCUGGCGGCUCAACUGGGACGAGGUGGAGAGUAACCGACACGCCUUUCAAGCUCUCAACCGCACGCUGCAGGACCAUGACCAGGUUUUGCUGCUGCAGGCGGGGCCGAGCGACGGAGGCGGCCCAGAUUUACGUACUUUCUAUUGCCUCCAUCCCUCACCGUCCCUCGCCAUGCUGCUGAAACCGGUCGUCUGCCAGGAACUGUUUAUGCCCGGCAUUCACUCGAAGCCGCUGCAGGAGCCUCCGCCCGAGGCCAUGCGGCUCAUCCGGGGUUGCCUCAGCCAGAUCAACGAGACGGCCGUGUUGAGCCCUUGCUGUCUGAGCAGCAACCUCUACCAAUAUCUCAGGAGCAUCCCGGUCACCGAGCUGCACCGUCCGUCGGGGUCGGCUUGA